CUCAACUCUCUCUGUGGUGCCGUAGCUCUCGCGAGACGUUCCCGUUGUUCCCGUUUCCAAAGAGUUUGCUGUUAGCGCGUUAGUGCCCAACGGACUCGCGAAAAGUGCGGCAAUGUCAGCUGAUGCCGACGAAGAUGAUUACAUGUCGGCGAACUUCCUCGCUGGAAGUGAGGACCUGCGGCCUGGACUGGUCCACAGCCGUGCCACCAAGCGGCGCUUCGAGGCCGAGAAGAAGCACCAGGAAGCGAACAAGAUGAGCCGCAUGAAGUCCACGAAGCAGCUAAUGGAGGACACCCGUACCGAGGCGCUCAACAAACCCUUGGGUGAAGAAAACAAGGGAUUCAACCUUCUCAGGAUGAUGGGCUUCAAACCAGGCAUGGGACUUGGCAAGGCAGCCACCGCAGGCAGCUCGAUUAAGGAGCCGAUUCCCAUUGUGGUGCGGGCAAACCGCGGUGGCUUGGGCCAGGAAUCCGAAGCACGUGAACGAAUCGAAGCCAGGCUGAAGACGACAUCUGAGGCAGAGUGCAACAGGAUGGCUCAGGAGUUCAGAAAUGCCAAGCGCAGCAAAGCCCUCUUGCAGCAGGUCGAGGGCGACUUGCGAAAAAGUCAGCGGGCAUGCUACAACCUGGACAGUGCCCAGGAUAUUACAGAGCCCGAACAGCCCUGGUUCUGGCCUCGCAGCACGCUUCCGACCAGCGCCGACGGUGACGUCAGGAAUGUGGUGUCUCUAGACGAAGACGUAGCCGAUGGUGGCAUUGUUUCGUCAGACGAUGCGCUUGUGCCACAGAAAAGGAGUUGGGAUGAGAGCGACGAUGAAGAAGAAGAGGAAGAGGAGGAAGAAGAUGUGGAUCCGUCUGAGAGGCUCAGAGUUCUCACUGAAUACCUUCGCCGACGUCACCAUUACUGCAUAUGGUGUGUCAUACGAUUCGAAGACGAGGACGACAUGGCAAGUUGCCCCGGGCCAACGAGGGCAGAUCACGAUGAUGACUAAACGUGUUGCGGUUCAUCGUAGGCUGUACAUACCUUUUUUAAAUAAAGUUGCUU